UGAAAAAAGCUAUUAAUGACCGAAAUUUCGUAUGUGGUGAAAAACGGAAACAGAAAACGUCUUUGAAUUUUGACUGCAUUCCGUCGGUUACGAAGCAAUCAAUAUGGGUUAAUUAUGAUUUGACCAAAAGAAAAGAAUAACGGGCCAUAUAAAAAUAUAGGAAAUUAUCAUUAAUAUCUUUUAAAAGAUUAUAUAUAUACUCUAUAUUUUAUUCAUCUUUUCUUCUCCUUUCAUUAAUAUCUUUUUGCGUAUUGAUUAUCAGUAUCAAAUAAUAGGAGAAGAAAUGUUAAAAAGAUUAUUUUUUUCAAAAAAAAAAAUGUUAAAAAGAUUAAUAAUUGGAGAGGAGAGAGAAAAUAGGUUAUCUUCUUUGUUAAGAUCUCUCUCGAUCUCUCUCUCUUUUGGCUAUAUAAAGCCACAACAGGGCUCCAUUUCUUCCCACAGCCAAAGAUAAAAGAAAUACAUAUAGGAGUAGCUAGAGCGAUGUUCAUCCCUAAUGACUUUGUAGCUAGAGCUAUGUUUAUUUAUUCAUUGAGUUUGAAGUGACUUACAAGGGCUAGGGUUUGUGGUUGGAUAUGCACGAGACAUAUACUCAGGGAUGGUUAGAGUGAUAACGAAUUAUGGUGACAGAAGAGAGUGAGCACACAUGGUGGCUUUCUUGCAUAUUUGAAGGUUUCAUGCUUGAAGCUAUGUGUGCUCACUCUCUAUCCGUCACCUUGUUCUUUUCUCUCACAUCUCUCACCAUUUUUUUGUAUUUUAAGUGACAUGUUUUAAUUCUAUUUUGAUGUUUUAGAUUUUGCUCCACUUUUUGGUUUCAAAAACAUGAAUUAGUAAUAUCAAAAAUAAAUUAUUAUGCCAUAAUCAUGUUGAUUUUCUCAAUUAUCAAUUAUUAGCAUAUCAAAAUCUCUCUCUCUCUCUAUAAGUUUUUUUUUAAUCUCUCUCUCUGUUGUGAAAAAUCUUUUAUUUAAUUUGUUAAAAUAUCUCUCACCCUUUUGCUAUUAAAAUCCACAGUCUGAUUCCAUUUCUUUGCAGAGCCGAUGAUAAACAAAUACAUACCUCUAAAAUGUUUAUAGAGUAAUGUUCCUUCUCAAUGGAAUAUCAACAUUUAUAUAUGUCUUUUAAAAAAAAAAAACAUUUUUAUAUAUAUGUAUAUAGUCAUUGAGUUUGAAGUGCCAGAAUGACUAGGGUUUGUACGUGGUUGGAUCAUAGAUUCAUGAAACACACAGACGGAUGGUUUGAGUGCUGAGGAAUUGAUGGUGACAGGAGAGAGAGCACACAUGGUGGCUUUCUUGCAUAUUAGAAGAGCGCAUGCUUGAAGCUAUGUGUGCUCAGACCACCCGCAACGGGGGUUCACGAGUAAUCCUUAGCACAAAUACAUAGGUUAGGCGUAAUAUAAUAAUAUUAAUUAUGUUAAUUUACCUAAGGAUUGGUCCGUCGGGAAGGAGUUUAAGGAGUUGAUCCUUAGCUACGUGGCAACAUCUGAGUGGGACGGGCUUGGUUUGUUUUUGGUUUGGUUAAAAAAAAUUGGUCAUUCUCGACCGUGAUUGAAAAAAAAAUCGAGAGCUCGACGAAAGGCGAUAUUUUGGCGAUUGAAACCGAUCGUCUUCACGAAGGCUAACCAAAAUGGGACAAGAUUACAGCUACUCCCAGCCUUCUUCAUCAUCAAACUCUCUAGACAUGAGCUCCCUUCUUGAAGCAGAAGCUAAGCUGUACGCGGAUGAAGCUGAGAGUCCCUACUGCAAUGCAGAGCCGGAUCAGUUCCCACCUCAACGAGAGCCUGAUGAUGGAAUCCCGACGGCAUGCUACUGUGGUGCUCAGCCUGUUGUCGAAUGCUCUUACACACCUAAAGAUCCAUACAGAAGAUACUUCAUGUGCGCCAAUGUCGAUGAUGGGGACUGCCACAUAUGGAAAUCGUGGGAUGUGGCUUUAAUGGAGGAGAUGAGUGAGUUUCAGAGACAUCUCAGGCAGCUCAAGGAUCAAGCUUUUGAGUGUGACCAGAAGCUGCUUAAGCUACAGAAGACCUUGUGUGAGCUAAAGAAGAAAUCAGAGACUCCAAAUGCCUUUGCAUUGGCACUUUAUGCAAUGGUGUCCGCAUUAGUUUUCAUAGGUUUGGCUGCUAUGUUCCUGAGUGGAAGAGCUUCAAAGAAGUAAACCAGACUGUCAUAAAGCUCGAGAGCGUCUGUAUAAUUAGGUACGUUUAGUACUACCUCCUACUCUCUUUUCUUUGAAUAAUUAAAACAUAUAUGUUAGUUGUAGUUGUAGUUGGUCUUGCGUAAAUGAUUUAGUUGUAGUUGUUUAAUUAAAAAUAAAACCCGAAAAAGAUGUCAGUUGUAGUUGAUUGCGUAAAUGCUAGGUGUUUGGUUUCUACCUUCCUACCGCCUCAGAGUCGAUUGUUUUAAAUGUUUUUGUACUUUACAAAUGCGUAUUAGUCUGAUUUGAUUGGUGUUCAAUGCAACUAGUUAGCUUUCUACCUUCCUAUCUGCUCCGUCUUUAAAAAUUAAAUGCAACUAGUUAGGUCUCAUAGUUUAAGGGCGUCUACUUAAGUUUAUGUGUUGCUAUUAGAGUGACACAGACCAAUCUAUUAAGAUGGAAAAGGACACUAGUUAUAUGAACCUACUGUUUAGUCAAUCUCAGACUCCAGUGGACCUUGAUUCACCUGAAACUUUUUGGUUCGGUAGCCAAGGUCCUAGUGAGUCUGUUGUCGAGCCUGUUGUCGAGUCUGUUGUCGAGUCUGGUGUCAGGAGGAAGUGGUCUCCGAAGGAGGAUAAGAUCCUUAUUGGCGCUUGGCUUAACACCAGUAAGGAUCCCGUCGUCAGCAAUGAGCAGAAAGCUGGUGCUUUCUGGAAGCGGAUUGUAGAUUACUACAACGCAAGCCCGCAGCUGGUUGGGACAGUACCGAGAGAGGUUACCUCUUGCAAGCAGAGGUGGGGUAGGAUCAACACUGACGUAUCCAAGUUCGCUGGAUGCUAUGACACGGCUCUGAGGGAGCAGAGAAGUGGCCAAAAUGAUGAUGAUGUGAUGAAAGCUGCCUUAGACAUCUUCUUCAGUAAUAACGAGUACAAGUUCUCCAUGGAUCACUGCUGAAGGGAGCUUAGGCAUGACCAGAAAUGGUGCUCUUCCUAUGGGCCUAAGGACGGUGGAAAGGAAAAGCGCAAACAAGUGUUGGAGGUUGAUAGAGAAGAAGAGCAAGUCGGAGAACCAGAGGGUAGACCUCCCGGGGUAAAGGCUACCAAAGCUGGUAGUAAGAAGAAGAAAAGUGGUAGAGAGGAGGAGUUGGGAAAGCUUCGGGGGGUUUUAGAAGUCAAAGAAAAACUCUCUAGAGCUAAGAUUCUUGAUCGUUUACUCGCGAAAAAAGAGCCUUUAACUGAGAUGGAAACAAGUCUUAAAAUGAAACUAAUGUCUGAAAUGCUUUGACGUCUUAAUCUUGUUUGAGGUAUUGUUUAUGUUUUCAGUACCAUUUUGCUUUUGAACUUUACUAACCGUUGUCUUAUUUGAUGUCAGGUAUAUCUAAGUAGGCAUGUGAAGGAAGUCACGGGUGCAUUUGGCGGUCUGUAGCUCAUGUGAAGGAAGUCACGGGUUCUUUUCCCUCACUUUAUGUAUUAUAAGUAGUACUCAAUGUAGUCUUUAGCUAUGUAUCUCGGAGAGGUUGUUUCCUUUUUCCUCAAAACUUGUUUCCUCUUGUUUAAAUCUUGCCUCCAAAGUCACGAGUUGCUUGCCUGCACUUGUAAUCGGUUCGUACUGCUACAAGAACCACUUUUGUUUAGGUAAUAUUCUGAUUAUGUUUUGAACUUAUGUAUCCUCUUGUUUAGUUGAAACUA